GGCAAGCGAGGAGGGUCUGUUUCGUUAAAAAGCUUUUCCUCUUCCCCACACUGUCAACACUUGCAGCGAUGUCGGAGCCGGAGUCUCUGCGGGGCUCCAGUGCCAGAAACCGUGGAGGAGUACAGAGGGUGGAAGGAAAACUGCGAGCCAGUGUAGAAAAGGGGGAUUACUAUGAAGCACACCAGAUGUACAGGACUUUAUUUUUUAGGUACAUGUCACAGGCAAAACAUGCUGAGGCCAGGGAGCUGAUGUACAAUGGAGCGUUACUCUUCUUCAGCCAUAACCAGCAAAACAGCGCAGCAGACCUGUCCAUGCUGGUACUGGAGGUGUUCGAGAAAUCUGAGGUGAAAGUUGAAGAUGAACUAUUAGAAUGCCUGGCGAAGCUGUUCAGCCGGAUGGAGCCGAACUCUCCGGAGAGGGUAGCGUUUGUGUCCAGAGCCUUGAAAUGGUCCACAGGAGGGCCCGGCAAACUGGGUCACCCAAAACUACACCAGCUGCUGGCUGUCACCCUGUGGAAAGAACAAAACUACAGCGAGUCUCGUUACCACUUCCUGCACUCGUCUGACGGCGAGGGCUGCGCACAGAUGCUGGUGGAGUAUUCGGCGUCACGAGGCUUCCGCAGCGAGGUCGACAUGUUUGUGGCGCAGGCCGUCCUACAGUUCCUCUGCUUAAAGAACAAAAACGGCGCUUCCGUGGUGUUCAGCACAUACACAGAGAAACACCCGUCCAUAGAGAAGGGCCCUCCCUUCGUCCAGCCUCUACUAAACUUUAUCUGGUUUCUGCUGCUGGCAGUGGAUGGGGGUAAAUUAACAGUUUUCACAGUGUUAUGUGAGCAAUAUCAACCUUCCCUGAAGAGGGACCCCAUGUAUAAUGAGUAUCUCGACAGAAUAGGACAGGUUUUCUUCGGUGUUCCCCCCAAACAGUCCCCAUCGUACGGAGGACUGCUAGGAAACCUGCUGAACAGCCUGAUGGGGUCGGGGGAGGAGGAGGACGGAGCGGAAGAGGCGCAGGAGGACAGCAGCCCCAUCGAGCUGGACUGAUCCUACACCGAUACAAAGAGAACAAACGAGAGCGCGCACACACACACACACACAAACACACAAACACACAAACACACGAGGAAGAGGAAGAGGAAAACCACACCGCCUCCUUCCUUCACCUCCACGACGAGGGGAAGCAAGACGCCGGUUUCCAGAGGCGUGCUGAUUCCAACAAAACCUUCCCACCCCUCCAGUCGUAAAACCAGGCGGUCUGCGCCAAACUGCAAACUCCCCUAACCCCUCCCCCCCCGGUUAAUUAUUGUAAGAUUAUAUUAUUUAACCAUUUGUUUGUUGGUUUGGGACUCUCUGUUUAGGGGGGAUUUGAUUUUUAAAGAUAACAAACUUCCCUUUUUCUCCGGGGGAAACGAGCUCCGUAGAGAGGGGAGGCGACCCGGAGGAGAGGGUAGCGUCACACGUGGAAACCCUCGUCAUAAAGGAGGGUCUCGUAAACUCACUACAGUUACUCAGCACAGAGCCUGGGGGUUGCAACAGCCCCUGUUUUCCGUUAUAACUUUCAGUAGUGGAUUAAAUUAUACUCAAUGUAGUCGACGCCAUUUUUGUUUUACAUCUUUUUUGCAAAGACAACAAAGCUAUUAUAAGAGGUCAUCUAUCUCUAAGAGAGUUACUGCAAAGCUGUCUGACUCCGUCGUAGUCCCACUUCUCUGUGCACUCGCUGAACUGCUGAGAGGAAUCGUGUGGGAGACAUCCGAGUCUGUCUUUUCUUUUAAUUAAAAACGUUCUGGCGUUGAGGCACUGAGUGUGUGUAGCCCUGGGUGCCUGUCUUCAUGUCGCUGUGAAAAAUAAAAAGUGAAAGCUGGGGUUACCUACCGAGUCUGCGACGUGAUCUUUAUUAGAGGAGCGGUGGAAACACGCCAGUCUCACUUCUACUGAUACACAAUAUGUAAAUGUACAGCCGUUUGUCUCGUUUCUAUGGUAAACUGCAUUAAUAGACCAUUAAAGUUCAGCCAGUGCACAUCAGAAGUGUGACUCGAACAAUAUCUGCUUUUUUUCAGUAAGAAAUAUCAACACUCACUGCUCGUUCUUCGUCUUUCCUCACAUCGUUUUCCUCCAGUCCAGAACAAAAAAGCCCUCGCCGUGCUCCAUAAUCUUUAAAAGGAGCCUCAUGUGGUCAGAUUAAUACUAGGAACGUCCAGAGGUCUUCCAGAGUAGAGUUAUUUGCUUCUGCGUAAUAGUGUAUGGGACUGUGGGAACACCAACAUGUCCAAUAUUAAAUACAAAAUGUAUGAAUCAAUUGAGAUAUUAAAUUCUAAUGGGACAUCAUGUAAGGUGUUCUUUACUAAUUAGAAAUGGGAGGGAAAUCCACCAAAGGGUGAUGCAGUCAUGAAAGUAUAUCAUAAAACUCAUAUUUAUCAUAAUUUAAAAAGGUUUCCUAACAUUAAAACAUCUCCAAUAAAUCCACCAGUAAAACAUAGCACUCCUUUUUAUUUUCCACUGUGACUUUACUUAUAGUUUGCUAACUUAAAGUCAGUUUUGUUGUAAUUCUCUGUCAGGAAAAAGGCCGUUGGACCAAACGUGUGUCGGUGUCCCGCUGCUGUGUGAGGAUGAUUUGAUUUCAGAACUAAAGGGGAGUGUUUGCUGUUUGAUGAUUCACUAAUUGAGUAAAUAAACGACAGAAGAGUUUGAGAAUGUCUUGAAACGAAUAUCUUCCCGUCUGAUUUUCUUUAUGGCGUUUAUUCAGAAAAAGUUGCCUGGAAAAUGAUCUCCAAAAAAUAAUCAAAUCCAAAUAACACGAUUCCUAAUAAGCACCGUAUAGAUACACCGGCUUUGUUCUUAAACAUAUAUCCACACUUGUGAUCAAUUGCAUCAUGCAGACAUCAUGCAGACAUACAGGAAACAGUCAUGGCACAGAUUAAUGUGUUGGUUGGUUUGUUUAACAUCUACUGGUAUUUUAAGCAGCUUACUCCAAACUUAUCUGCAAAAGUAUUACUUUUUCUGCCAGUAAGAGGAAGGAUUAAGGACCGGUAACUUUCUUAAAAUAAGGAUUUAGCAUUGCAAGAUAAUGGAGUUUCUCCAUAAUGCCAAGUUUUAUUUAAAGAAAUCUUAAGAAAAAUGACGUCAAAAUAAUGAGAUUGAGUUCAGCCUUACAAGCUAACAAUAUAAUGACUCAAAGGACCUUAUUGUUUCAUCACAAUGCUUGAAACGUGCUUCUUCACUUCUAUAAUAGUAUAGAUUUAUGGACAAAACCUCACAAGUUAGCCGAGAAAGAAGACCAGAAAACUAAAAUCUAAGUUCUCUAACGUGACCUUAUGUUUUAUUUUGUUAUUGUUUUACCAGGAUAGGUCUCAAAAUCGCUUUUUCAUGACAGUCCUGGCCCCAGAUAGGCGGCAGCACAGUUACAUACAGUUUUAAAUCACUACACAAUCAUAUAUCAAGAUCAGUCAAAGCAUCUACACACACACGACCUGCUUCAAGGUCAUGUAGAGUCGCUUUGAGUCCGUUUAGAGAAACCUGCUCUCUGAGUUUCAGCUCGUUUUGCAGCUGGUUCCCGGCCACAGGAGCAGCCUGACUAAACAACCUCUUCCCCAAUUCAGUACGGACUGUUGGAACAGGUAGAAGAAACAAGUCCUCGGAGCGAAGCCGAUAAGAUCCUGUGAUGUUGUUUGAGCUGCUCCAUUUUGACUGUAAAUAAACACAACUUGGAACACUUUU